AUGGGUUAUUUGUAUAUUUCACCAUUAGUGAAACUAAUACUUUGUUUCACUAUUCCAUUGAUUUUGCUAACUGUUUUUAUUUCAUUCAACAAAGGAAUAACUCCCGAUCUUUCACUUUCAUCGUUGUCGUCAAAAACUUCAUCAAUUAGAGUUUCUACCAAAGAUUUGAGGUUAAGGAUCGAUGGCGAAAUAGGAGGAAUAACAAAGGAAGCUAAUGUUGUAGCAGAGGACUAUGUUCUAUCAACACCUCAUAAUCUUGUAAUUCAGGCUGCUGCUAAUUCUCCGGUUUUUGCACCAGAUGGAAACGAGACUUCAGUAAUAGUGAAGGAGGAGAUGAGUCCAAAUUCCAAUGAUAUCUUUGAUGAAACACAUGCAAAUGCUUCUCUUUCUCCCACAAUGAUAGAAGAGAAGGUUGCUAGUGAUAUAGAUAAGCUUGAAAUAGGACUACAAAAGGUCCGAGCAGCAAUCAAGGAAGCUAAGUAUACAACAAAUCGUACGUAUCAAGAUCCCGACUUUCAGCCCGUCGGUCCGAUUUAUUGGAAUGCCAAUGCUUUUCACAGGAGCUACAUAGAAAUGGAGAAACGGUUUAAAGUGUUUGUUUAUGAGGAAGGGGAAUCCCCAUUGUUCCACAAUGGUCCUUGUAAAAGUAUAUAUUCAACUGAAGGGAACUUCAUACACCAAAUGGAAGUCAAUGAUCAAUUUCGAACCAAGAACCCUAACAAGGCUCAUGUUUUCUUUCUUCCUUUUAGUGUCACUAUGAUGGUUCAUUUUCUUUAUCAACCGGAAUCACGCAGCUUUGAUUUCAUAAAACAUACUGUUACAGACUAUAUUGAUGUUAUUUCUAGCAAAUAUCCUUUUUGGAAUCGAAGCCUUGCAGCCGAUCACUUUAUGCUCUCUUGUCAUGAUUGGGGUCCAAUAGCAUCAUUUUCAGUCCCUUACCUAAAGGAGAACUCAAUUAGGGUCCUAUGCAAUGCUAAUACCUCCGAAGAGUUUCAGCCUCGGAAAGAUGUUUCACUACCUGAGAUCAACCUCCAACCGGGGCCAACGAGCACGUUCUUUGGCGGCCCAUCCCCUUCGAAUCGAUCCAUCUUGGCCUUCUUCGCGGGUGGGAAUCACGGGCCUAUUAGGCCCUCCCUCUUAGAGCAUUGGGGGAACAAAAGUGAUGAAGAUAUGAGAAUCCACACAUACCUCCCACAAAAUGUCUCCUAUUAUGAUUUGCUUAAAAAUAGUAAAUAUUGUCUUUGCCCUAGUGGUUACGAGGUGGCGAGCCCUAGGAUAGUCGAAGCGAUCUACACCGGGUGUGUGCCGGUUCUUAUCUCCGACCACUACGUGCCACCAUUUAGUGAUGUGUUGAAUUGGAAGGCCUUCUCGGUUGAGGUCGCUGUCGAGGACAUACCGAAGUUGAAAACGAUUUUGUUGAGCAUUUCUAGGGUACGACAUAUGAAGAUGUAUAGAAGAGUGCUUCAAGUAAGGAAGCAUUUUGAAGUGCAUUCACCUCCUCAACGUUAUGAUUUUUUUCAUAUGAUAUUGCAUUCAGUUUGGCUUCGGAGAUUAAAUGUGCAUGUUCAUGAUCAUCAAGAGUUGUAAAGCAAGCCUUAUUGAUGUAUGAGUUUUAUACCAUGUUUUAUCCCGAUUUUACAAUGUAUAUUUGCAUGGUUUUAGGCUCUAUGGAGCCAUUUCUCGCUAACAAUCUCUUCUCUAGUGUGUUCAAUGUAUUUUUAUUGAGUUUCAUAGGAAUACGGAGUUUCUUGUACGAAUCGGACGUGUUUUGGAAGGUUAUAGAAGAGGUUGGUGUAUGAAGAUGAAGGUUUCCCCCAUGCCCCGUUGACCCUAGCUUGCCCGGUCAGAUAGGGCAAAGAAGGAUGAGCUAGCUAUGAAGUAUAUGCUGUAGACUCUACGUGCCUGAUCGGGUACCCCUCGCCCGGUUGGAUCGGGCACUGAAGAGUUAGAAUUUCAGCAUCUCAAGUAAUCAUUUUGGAGUUGCCUUGCGCGCCCGAUCGGGCAUGGUUUGCCCGUUGGGACCGGGCACAGGAAGAAACAAGAAGGCAACGAAGAACAAGAGGCGCCGUUCUCCAGCCGCCCGAUCGGGCAUCCCUUGCCCGGUUGGACCGGGCACUGUUUUGCGGAAGCCGAUUUGCUUAUUUUCGCAAUUCUAUCUUUUUGGGGGUAUAAAUACCCUUUGUAAUCACAAUUAGAAAACACAUUAUUAUAUCCUCUAGUAUUAGUUUUUCUCUAAGAAC